CAUGUGUAGAGGAAGCCCUGACGAGUUGAGUCAAACUGUUGUUAAACUCACUCGAGAGCUUCUUGGGACAAGUUAUAUCACUACAGGACGUUGGCUCAUUCAGUAUCUUUCUAUGGUUCCUGAUCUACCAAGGCGACUAGCUUCUGUUAGUUACAAUUACUUGCUGACGCUGAACGUCAGGGUAUGGCCAGUCGCAAGGCACGUUAGAACAUUGAUUUUGCUUGUUUCCAAAUGCCCAAUACUCUCCGUGCUCUCUAUUGAUUUUGUGAUGCCACAAGGAAGAAUUAUUAACCGGGGGAAUGGGGGAUGUGCAGCAGAUUAUGGUGUGGGAGAUUUUGGUGGCUUAAACGAUGUUAGAAUAGAGAAUUUUGGAGGAAAUGUGACAGAAAUGGCGCUUGUGAGGCAUUUGCUGGCUAGAACACCUCAUUUACAUAUAAUGAGGAUUGAGAUGAACCCUCUUCUGGACGACAUUGAUGCAGACUUGAAGAUCCAUCAGAUACUUGAAUAUUGGAGAGCUUCUCCAAGAGCUAAUAUCAUUUUUGACUAAUGUCAUGUAGUCAUUGCAAGUAAACCCCUCUCUUUCUCUCCCGCACACACACACACACACUUGCAAUUUUAG